CAUUGGAGCGCUCUCUUCAACCUACCGUUUUAAAACCCCUUCCAACCUUCUCCCCAUUUCCUGCUAGUUUCCCAAUCUCACUCUCUGCUCUCGGUUUUCUCUAGUUUGUUACAUUGAAGAUGUCGACUGUUGAUUCUUCACGGGAGGAAAAUGUUUACUUGGCCAAGUUGGCCGAACAGGCCGAACGGUAUGAGGAAAUGGUAGAGUUCAUGGAGAAAGUUGCCAAAACUGUGGAUGUGGAGGAGCUGACUGUUGAGGAGAGGAAUCUUCUCUCUGUUGCUUACAAGAAUGUCAUUGGGGCUCGGAGGGCCUCUUGGAGGAUAAUAUCUUCCAUUGAGCAGAAGGAAGAAAGUCGUGGAAAUGAGGACCAUGUUGCAGUUAUCAAGGAGUACCGUAGCAAAAUUGAAACUGAAUUGAGCAAGAUCUGUGAUGGGAUUUUGAGCCUACUCGAGUCUCAUCUCAUCCCAUCAGCCUCAUCUGCCGAGUCGAAGGUGUUUUAUCUCAAAAUGAAAGGUGACUACCACAGGUAUCUGGCUGAGUUCAAGACUGGAGCUGAAAGGAAAGAAGCAGCUGAGAGCACAUUAUUAGCUUACAAGUCUGCUCAGGAUAUUGCUCUUGCUGAAUUGGCUCCUACACAUCCAAUUAGGCUAGGUCUUGCUCUUAACUUCUCAGUGUUUUAUUAUGAGAUCCUCAAUUCGCCAGACCGCGCUUGCAAUUUAGCAAAGCAGGCUUUUGACGAAGCGAUUUCUGAGCUUGACACAUUGGGUGAAGAAUCAUACAAGGAUAGCACCUUAAUCAUGCAACUUCUCCGAGACAACUUGACCCUUUGGACCUCUGAUGUUGGGGAUGAAGCCGGCGAUGAAAUUAAGGAAGCAUCAAAACGUGAAUCAGGAGAGGGACAUGGACAGUAGUUUGUCUUGUUGUUUGAGUCAAUAGGAGCUGUACUCUGUACUUUUACUUUUCCUUUUUUCUUUUCUUCUUUAAAAUGUGGCGACCCUGUCUUUUAGUGUUGUUAGUGCUACUUGGGUUGUUGCUGGUAGUUUCUGAAUGAAAUGAUGUCUUUGGUUGAUGGGCUUUGGCUUUUGAGUGCAAGAUGUGGAAGCACUUCUAGAGCCUUCCUUUGAAUACUCCAACAAAGAGUAUAAUGUGGUUUUAUUAUUUAUGAGAAGAAUUUGAUGUUUCGGUGUUUCGAUGUUUCGAUGUCUCGAGUGCUAUGGAAUAUGAUAUUCGUUUUC